AUGGUUGCAAUGGAGUUAGAAGGCAAGAACCUCGGUGAAAAACAUAGAAAUUAUAACAAAACAGUAAAAUCUAACAUAAAAGAUGUUGAUAACAAAUUAGACGAUUUUAAUGUUGAUGAAGAUGAUAUAAGCAAUUUAAUUAAAAUUGACUUAGCGAGUGAAACAAGAAACCUGGAAUAUAUUCUAAAAGUUCUAGUUUGUGAUGACAUACUAUAUGUUUCGAGAGCACUAAAAAAAUGUAUUUGGCUCUUUACAGAACAGGGCUACGAUAACAUAAUUAAUGCCAACUAUUUAAACACAGUACUUUUUAAACAAAUGAAUACAAAAGCAGUAAAUAAAUUCAAAAGAUGUCUCAAAUCACAUUUAAAAGACACAUCUCGUGUAGCAGCGUUUUACGAAAGUGAGAACGAUCCUAGUGAAGCAGUUAAAUGGUUACCAAACUGUUCAACAAAUUUUAUAAUAGAAAAAAUAAAGACGCACCUCGAACAUCUGAAUAUAUCAUUAUUGAGACGACUUUCAGAAAAAACUAUAACAGUGCUGGAAAUAUUUAUCAAAGAGUACAAAGGUUAUAAAUAUUCAACGAAAACUGUUUUGGAAUCGACAAUGUUCUUAAUAAACAAAGAAUUAAAUAAAUACUUAGAUAUCGUGGAAGAAGUUGCCCACAAUAAGCCUGCAUUCGGCAAAAGGGCAACAGCUUUCAUAAUGAACAAAGCCUCGCAGAGAAUAAUAGAUAAAUAUGAAUUGUACUACGAUUGCAUUCAUUUGGAAACGUUCAUAAAAUGUUUAGGUACUAAUAAUAUCAAAAACUUUUUAUACGACCAAGCUGCAAAACGGGAGAAUGUGCGUCCUUUUAUUUUCAACAGUAAUAGCUUAAACAUAUUUAUAAGAAAUAUGCCAAAGGAUGAACGUUUGAAUUUCAUAAAACAACUUUUCAUUGAUAAAGUCCACAAGGAAGACAAUUUACUCUCCGAUAGUGACAAACGAGCAAUGACAUACAUUUCUGAUUGCGCUGAACAUGGACCAAAUGCAUUUCGAUUCUUAUGGUCCCACUUACCUUUCAACACUUGUUUUGAUUAUAUGAAGGAGUACUUGCAGUCUGAAUCCAGACCGAGAGAUGUAAAGAAAACACUAUCUACAAUCAUCACAAGAGCAAAUGAAAAUCAAGAAAAUCUUAAUAUGCUAAUACAAUACUUCUCUCAAUAUAAUAAAGAUGCUAGUCCAGAAAUAAGAGAUUAUUUCAUAAGCGAAUUAACUAAGCAAACAAAAUUUCAUAGACUUGAUGAAAGAACAUGGAUUAUUGUAGAAAAACUCAUGAGUGAUACAAAUAAAGAUUGCAACAAGUUUUCUGAAGUUAUAUUAAUAUACAAAAUUAUUAACGGCCACGAAGUGCCGCAAUCAAUUUAUAAGGAUAUAAACUAUUGUACUUUAAAAAACUUUAAGAAGCAACUGAAUGAAAUCGAAAAGAAAAAGAUUGUUGAAUUCUUAUAUAAUUACUUUUCUACCCAAUUAAAUGAUACCAAUUCAAUAACAAAAAUCGAACAAUUUGAGAAAGCUGUUAAAACUUUAGAAAUGUGCUUAUCUAUGCUAAACGAUUGUGAUGAAAAUCUCAUCAAUUAUUCAUUUUUGAUAGAUACAAUAAGAAAUCUCGUCGACAUCAGAAAUAAAUACCGAUGGUCCAAGGAUAUGUCCAGUAUAUACAAUAAGAAUAGAUCUUGGAAGAGAUAUCUUUUUCCUAUUUCUUUUGACCUGUCCCCCAGCGAGAGCGUACUUAUUAAUUAUAUGAAACACGAUCCGGAGAUGAUGGAAAAAUAUCAGCAAGAAAUCAGUGAUUUCAAAUUCGAUGAAAAGAAAAAUUUAACUCGUUUCCUAAAAAAAAUAAAAAUUUAUUGGCCUACGAGUAUAGCUGAAGAUUGGAAGAAAUCUUAUUUAACAAGUUUUGACAAGCUGAAUAGACAGAAAGCAUCGGCUCUUGGUGUUUGUGUUCUGCUUCCUAGAAUGCAACUUCAGAAUCUUCUAGAUGAAUAUGCUCCAAACGCACCCAAAAUUGAUUACAACAACUUCGAUGAACUAAAAUUCAACAUGCAAAAAAGUUUUGCUAAGACGUUGCACUACGCUAGACCACAGCCGCCGCUACAAACGGUUCUGUUAUACGCCCAAGGAGAUUACCUUCAAUAUGUUCUACCAGCUCUGUUAUCAAUCUUCCAUAAUCUAAGUUUCGAUGAAGGCAACAAACAAAUUUUGAAACUCAUUGAUACGCAGGUUUCGUUGCAAAAACACAUAAUACGGCUUGCAUUUCUAAAAUUAAACACCAAAGACUUAGCGGCUCUCUUUACCAACAUAUGGCAAAUGAACCAACAUCCUACUCUCAGAAAUGUUCUAUUUAAAUCCGUAUACGAUCUUCUAUGCAAAGAAAAUGAUAACAUAAAAUUAAAACAGUUGUGGAAUUUAUUAGAAUCUUUUAUAGACGGUUUGAAUUACAAUGAAAAUUCAACUAUUUAUGAUUUGCUAUUACAAGUUAAACCAGUACACAUUACUGUUAGACCUGAUUAUUUUUGCAAAAGCUAUUAUUUCAUGAAAAAAUUAAUAGAAUCUGAUGAAAAAUACAAAACUUUGAGUGAUAAAGUGGAAUACAAUCUAAUUUUGUAUGUUAAAGAAAUAAUAGAGUUACUGCCAUCACAAAUAGUUUCAGAAAUCGUGUUGGAUAUUAUAGAGAGUGAUUUUAAAAAAGUUAAAGAACAUUAUUAUAAUUUUUGUCUAAAGAUUGAAGUUAUAUCUGCAUAUUUAUUGUGUGCUACAGAUGAAAGCACACAAAUACAGAAAUACAAUGUUAUUUUACAACCGCUAAUAACAUAUUGUUCAGAUUUAUUUAAGAAGAAAGAAUAUUUUAUUAGAAAUAAUUUAGAUCUGCUAUUGAAGAAGCUGCGAGAGGAUAUGAAGAGUUUUAUAGUGGACAAACAAAUGAUUGUUCCUAUCAAAAUGUUUGAGUUAAUACAACGUGAUUUGGAAGAUCAUUUCGAUAUAUCUGAAAACUAUUAUAUGAUCACACAAUGGAAAUUAACAGUAGCCUUCACGAGUACCUUAUGUGGAAAUCAAAUUGAUGACUGGGAUGAAACAUCUGAAAAAGUGUCUCAAAUAUUUGCUGGAUUGUGUCGCAGUCAUUUAAAAGAACAUUGCAAAAAAUAUUUUUCUCGAAUCUAUAUCUUAUAUUCCAACUGUCUUAAUAAUAUAAUAGAUGAUAUAAAGAUUCAAAAUAUUUCUUGGGAUAUUUACAACGCUCUAGUUGAUGAAAAAGAUUUUAUUGAAGGUUACCUAGCUGCUAUAAAACUCUAUCCAGAAUACAUUAAUGAUUGUUUUGAGGAACGCGCCAAGAAACUACGUCAAAUCAUCUUUGAUAAUUCAUCGGCAGAAAUCAAAAUGCACUACAAUAGCAAGUUCAUCAAAAAUAUAUCCUAG